AUGUCGCUGAGACUGGAAAAGAAAACCGAGGAUCGGCGCAACAAGUACAAGGUCGCCGUCGACGCCGAGGAAGGUCGUCGUCGGAGAGAAGACGACAUGGUGGAGAUUCGAAAGAACCGAAGAGAAGAGAGAUUGCAGAAGAAGCGACGGGAGGGGCUUCAAGCCAAUUCACAGCCGUUCAUUGCCGCAGUGGAAACUUUGGAACAACUACCUGCAAUGGUUUCAGGUGUUUUUUCCAAUGAUUUCGAUCUGCAGCUCCAGAUGACUACUCAAUUCAGGAAAUUGUUAUCAAUAGAAUGCUGUUCCCUAAUUGAAGAAGUUAUUAAAUCUGGUGUUGUGCCACGUUUUGUUAAGUUUCUUAUGAGGAAUGACUUCCCUCAGCUUCAGUUUGAGGCAGCUUGUUCCCUUGCAAACAUUGCUUCUGGCACAUCCGAGAAUACGAAGGUGGUAAUUGAUCACGGGGCCAUCCCACUAUUUGUAAAACUUCUAGGCUCUCCUAGGGAUGAAAUUCGUGAGCAGGUUGUAUGGGCCUUGGGAAAUGUUGCUGGUGAUUCCCCAAUGUGUCGUGACCUUGUCCUUGGCCAUGGUGCAUUGCUUCCAUUGCUGGCACAAAUUAAUGAGCAUGCCGAGCUUUCUAUGCUGAGAAAUGCUACCUGUACGCUUUCAAAUCUUUGUAGGGGCAAACCACAGCCUGCCUUUUAUCAGACAAAACCUGCACUUCUAGCUCUUCAGCGUCUUAUUCACUCAGAUGAUGAACAAGUGUUGAGUGAAGCAUGCUGGGCUCUCUCAUAUCUUUUGGAUGGUACAAAUGAUAUAAUUCAAGCUGUUAUUGAUGCGGGGAUGUGCCCCCGGCUAGUUGAGCUUUUGCAUCAUCCUUCUCCCUCGGUGAUCGUUCCUGCUCUUCAUGCAGUUGGAAACAUUGUCACUGGAAAUGAUAUGCAAACUCAGCUUAUCAUCAACCAUCAAGCACUACCCUGUCUUCUGAAUCUGUUGACAAGUAAUUACAUGACCAUUAAGAAGGAAGCUUGUUGGACCAUCUCAAACAUCACUGCUGGCAACAUGAAGCAGAUUCAGGCUGUGAUUGAGGCUAAUAUUAUUGGUCCUCUGAUCCAUCUCCUUCAAAAUGAGGAGUUUGAUAUCAAGAAGGAAGCUGCAUGGGCAAUCUCGAAUGCUACCACUGGUUCCACUCACGAACAAAGAAAGUACCUAGCGAGUCAAGGGUGUAUCAAGCCAUUGUGCGAUCUUCUUGCUUGUUCUGACCCGAGGAUUGUGUCUGUCUGUUUGGAUGCGCUUGAAAACAUCUUGAAGGUUGGAGAAGAUGAGAAGAAUCAGGAUCGUACUAGAGGUGUUAAUCUCUAUGUUGAAAUGAUUGAACACAACGAGGGGUUGGAAAAAAUUGAGUAUCUUCAAAGUCAUGACAACAGUGAGAUUUAUAAGAAGGCAGUAAUGAUUCUUGAAACAUAUUGGGAGGACGAAGAAGAUGAGUUUGAGACAAUGCUGCCAUUUCCUUCCAGCCGCUUCAAGUUCAACUGA